AGAAGUUGAGGUAUUUGCGAUAAAUUCUCGAACAACAUGUUUGUUUAUUGACCGAGAAGCUUUCCGAUCUGAUUCCUGAAACUCAGCUGAUAAAGCACAACAAAUCGUAAGAACACAUCGAACAACAUCCUUUGAUUUGAGGUAAGUAUAAUAUGGUUUUCUAAGCAUUUCAAUCGCGAGAUAUGGCACAAGAAACGCUGGUUAAGUAUUCUGCAUUGUCAAACUGUGAAUCUUACUUUGAGCGCAUUCAAUCCACGAAGAAACUUCCAAAGCCCUUACAGGAGACGCUCAAUCAUGCGUUUUCCAGGAUCCCAGUUUCAUCGUUUCCUGGAGUUCCAGGAGGCAAAGUUAUUGAGAUUCCAGCAGACACAACUAUUGCUAAUGCUGUGAAGAUUCUAUCUGAAUGCAAAAUUUUAUCAGCUCCUGUAACGAAUCCAAAUGCAAGAGAAGAUAUGAGUUGGAGAGAUAGGUACCUAGGGAUUGUAGAUUAUUCGGCGAUUAUCUUGUGGGUGUUGGAGAGUGCAGAAAUUGCCGCGGCUGUUUUAUCCGCUGGUUCAGCCACGGCUGUUGGAGUUGGUGCAGGGGCAGUUGGUGCUAUUGGAGCGAUGGCAUUAGGUGCCACAGGCCCCGUUGCAGUUGCAGGGAUAGCUGCAGCCGCGGUGGGAGCUGCUGUGGCUGGUGGCGUUGCUGUUGACAAAGGGAUCGGUAAGGAUGCUCCCACGGCUGCUGAUUGUUUAGGAGGUGACUUUUACAAAGUCCUACUGCAAGAAGAACCGUUCAAAUCAACAACUGUCGAGUUAAUAUUGAAAUCCUACCGCUGGGUUCCAUUUCUUCCGGUGACCCAAAACAAUUCCAUGUUGUGUAUCUUACUGCUACUCUCAAAAUAUAGAUUGAGGAAUGUUCCUGUCAUUGAAUCAGGAAAACCCGGCCUCAAGAAUUACAUAACUCAAUCUGCAAUAGUUCAGGGUCUUGAAAGGUGUAGAGGAAGGGACUGGUUCGACUGUAUAGCUGCGAGACCCAUUUCUGAUUUGGGACUUCCUUUCAUGUCAUGUCACGACGUUAUUAGCAUCCAAAGCGAAGAGUUGAUACUGGAAGCUUUCAAGAAAAUGAGAGAUAAUCAUAUUGGUGGCCUUCCAGUCGUCGAGGGGCCAAGGAAAAGGAUUGUGGGAAAUAUAAGUAUAAGAGACGUAAGAUAUUUGCUGCUUACACCUGAACUUUUCUCCAAUUUCAGGAAGCUUACUGUCAUGGAUUUCAUCAAAAUAGUUGCUACGUUGCCCGAAGAUGUUGGAAGACUUGCCCCACCAAUUACAUGCAAACUUGAAUCAACUCUUGGCUCUGUUAUUAAUAGUCUUGCUUCCAAGUCAGUCCACAGGAUCUAUGUGGUAGCUGGUGAUGAGGAACUUGUCGGGGUUAUCACCCUAAGGGAUGUCAUCUCCUGCUUCAUUUUUGAACCACCCAACUACAUAAUCAACCACUUUGGAUUCUCUGCUGAAGAAAUGUUGAAUGAGUCGCAACUAUAAGUUUUCUCGAACAUACGACCGAUAUCAAAGAUGUAAAAGAGAGUUGUAAAUUUUGGUUCAACAUUAAAGUGUGGUAGAAGAAAUAAUCGAUAUUGUAUGGUACUCUCGAGCUCUUAUGAUUUUACUUUUGGUUUCUUCAAAA